AUGACAUACCGAGGGUUUGGGUACGUGGUGGAUUCCUGUCCUACCAAUAAGACAGAGUUUAUCUCAGCUGCUACCAGACUGAACUGCAGUGAGGACAAGUAUGGACGUAAUCAGUAUACAUGUGUCCCUAACGAAGUCAUAUCAGCUCUUGUAGAAUUCUGUUACAGCAAAAUUGUCGGGAUUUAUCAAAAGGGACAUUGCUUGGUGACGUUCGGGAAUGGAGCCUUAGAUCAAAUAAGUUGUCGUCAAUUUAAAUACGGUUGUCCAGAAGAAAAUUUCCGAGGAACUGGUGUAUAUAAAUUUUCGGCAUGCAGUAGAAUCAACAAGGAAAAACAGUGUUAUUUGGCAGAUCCAUCAUGUUCAGACACUACAACCAAUGCCACGAUGAAAAUGUUGACCACAGAGACCAGUAAUACAGAUCUGGAAUCAAACGAUGUAAAGAUAAUAAUUGGAACUUUCCUCUCUCUACUACUUCUUCUACUGUUCCUCGUUUUUGCCAUAAUAUUCUGGAAAAGAAAGAAUUUAAGAAGAUAUCAGAGCGUUGAAUUGGAAGAAAAUCAUACUGUUGAUGAUUACAUUGUGUGGGGAACAUCCUUUUCUGGUAAGGAACAGACG